AUGGUGUUUUUCGGCUACAUGGUUUUCAGCAUCAUCUUUGGACUGUUGGCAGAUCGCUACGGGCGCUGGAAGAUUCUGCUGCUGUCCUUCCUGUGGGGAGCCUAUUUCUCCCUGCUCACCUCAUUUUCCCCGUCCUACAUCUGGUUCAUCUUCCUGCGGACUAUGGUGGGCUGCGGCGUGUCGGGCCACGCGCAGGGGCUGAUCAUAAAGACGGAAUUUCUACCCACCAAGUACCGGGGGUACAUGUUGCCCUUGUCUCAGGUGUUCUGGCUGGCCGGAUCCCUGCUGAUCAUCGGGCUGGCGUCCGUGGUCAUCCCAACCCUGGGCUGGCGCUGGCUGGUCCGGAUCGCCUCCAUCCCGGGCAUCAUCCUCAUCCUGGUCUUUAAGUUCAUCCCGGAGUCGGCCCGCUUCCACGUGUCCACCGGCAACACGGAGGCGGCCACGUCCAUCCUGCGGCGGAUCGCCAAGACGAACCGCUCCGUCAUGCCGGACGGGGCCCUGGUGGAGCCGGUGCCGGAGGGAAGGGGCCACUUCUUGGACCUGCUGGACGCCAAGUACCUGCGGACCAGCCUGCAGAUCUGGGUCAUCUGGCUGGGCAUCGCUUUUGCCUACUACGGGGUCAUCCUGGCCAGCGCGGAGCUCCUGGAGCGGGAUCUGGUGUGCGGGGCCCAGCCAGAACCACAGCCACAAGUGGUUCAGGGAGAGGGCACGGAGGAGGCCCACAGCCCCUGCCACUGCCGACCCUUCGGGCCUUCCGACUAUCGCACCAUGAUUAUCAGCACCGCUGGAGAGAUCGCCUUGAACCCGCUCAACAUCCUGGGCAUCAACUUCCUCGGGAGGAGGCUGACCCUGGCCAUCACCAUGAGCUGCACGGCCCUCUUCUUCCUGCUGCUCAACGUCUGCACCACCAGCGCUGGUCUGAUCGGGUUUCUGUUCAUGCUGAGGGCCUUGGUGUCCGCCAACUUCAACACUAUCUACAUUUACACCGCGGAGGUUUACCCGACCUCGAUGCGGGCCCUGGGCAUGGGCACCAGCGGGUCUCUGUGCCGCGUCGGAGCCAUGGUGGCACCAUUCAUCUCCCAGGUGCUGAUAAACGCCUCGUUCCUGGGAGCCCUGUGCCUGUUUGCGGCCGUCUGCCUGAUUUGCGCCAUCUCGGCCCUGACGCUGCCCAUUGAAACAAGAGGACGCGCCCUCCAGAGUGAACGGAGUGACGACGCUGACACGAGAUGCUCUCGUGAAAUUUGGCAGUUCCGGGAAAUUAAAUCCAGGCUGAUACUCUGCUUGAAAACACCUUCAAGAUCCCGUGACCUGUUGCUCCUGGAGGCUCCUGACCAUGAGAGCGAGGACCAGGGCUUGAAAUUUAGGCAGCAAUGGGCGGCCGACAGAAUGGAACGAGGGCUUCAGGAGGCUAGGCUGCAGGCUGAGUUUCAGGGCCCCAGGGAGUGGGCACUGUGGGUUUGCCGCUCUGGCCCGGGGAAGGCUUCAAUCCGGUCGGGAUCUCGGCCGGUGAGCGCCACGUCUCCGUGGCGGGACGGGGAGCCCGGCCCCUCCCGAGGCUGGGAGCCGGAUGGGCACUGGGGCCCCGUCGGGGUCUCAUACGGGAAGAAUUCGACGGCUCGACGACCUCUCACGACACGCUUGCCUUCCCUCGUGACGACCGCAGAAACUCGGUCUCUUGUUUACUGCGAUCUGGCGGGGGCCCGUAGUCGGAAAGUCAACCACCCUGCCUGCCAAACCCACAAAACCACCCCCAACAUCCUGCCUUCAUUCUGA